AUGCAAAUCACUCGCCGAAGAAUGGACAAUAUCUUCCGAGCUGUUGGCUGCCCUUGCGUCAGCUUCUCGCCUGCAGUGGGGGUGUGCACCGGUGUUCAGGCGUCAGCUGCCACCAAGGAACAGAAAGAUGAGGGCUGGGAGGAUAUGGAGUGUGACCUUCCAGAUGUUCCUGCGCCACAGGAUUCAGACGAGGAAUGCGAGCCUACAACUAAAGCUGAGUUCCAGAAGUGGAGAUCAACGUUUCGCAACAAUGUUGAGCUAGCAGCAGAGAUACUUCAAGACAGGUCCGUCCAGCAACAACUGCGGAUGAUCCACGUCACGACUAGGCAUGUCGCUGGGGAGUACUACGACGCCAUCCAGACGCAGAAGGAGGGCCAAGCAGCCCAACUGCAAUGGAGCGCCGCUCGGUGCUCUGGAUCAUGGCUGAAGACAGUGCAGCGGACUUUGAGUAUGUUGCACCAAGCGGAAACGCUGGAGGAACUUGGAGUGGCCGCCUGGCACAACCCAGAACCAGCGAGCCCGGACGAGAGCUGGGUUCUUGAGGAAACCGUUUUCCUGAACAAGACGUGGAGGGUCUUGACAGAGUUGGCAAGCGCAAGGUGCUGGUCACAGGCCAUGUACAGCGUCUGCCUCCCUUUCACCCUGGCGCCCCUCUUUGGCCCACAAGAAACUCGGCAACCAGCCAUGGACUUCAUGCGAACGCUUGAUGGAGCACUUGCAGCCGCGCACCGCAUCAUGAAGAACAAGCCCGGCAGCCCGCAGGCGGCAGCAGUCACUGCGUUGCUGAAGGAUGUGUGGUGGCACACAACGCAAAUUGCGUUGGAGACGAUCCAAACAGCUCGUAAUGCAUCCUUCGAUGCGAGGAAUCGUGAACUUCGAUGCUUGGCGUUUUCUUGCUUUGCCGGCCCCAGCAAUACCAAAUUUACGGCUGAAGAUGUCUUCGCACACCUUGCCCACGUGGCAGCCCGCAGCCAGAAGGGCAUGCUGCGCAUGUCGAAGUGUCUUGGUUUCUUUUAUUAG